AUUGAUUAAUGAUGAUUUGUAACACCUUUUUUGCCAAAAGGAAAAAAUUGAACUUUGAUGGAUGAUGAAAUGUGCAGGAGAUCGUGCGUAGUACAUGAAUGUUGCCUGAUAUAUAAAUAAAACCAGUCCGGCUCGUAAAUCCUGUCGUUGAUUUACGGUUCGAUUUUCGGAAUUUCAAGGGGUCUGUAAGUAAAUGAAGGGGUCUAUGGAGCAAUUUUAAAGAGAGAAAAACAAAGAGGUUAAUAAGCUCAUAAUAUUGGUGCAAAGUGGAGAACAGUUACCAUUACGGUUACCACUCACCAGUCGAAAGCAGAAGAAUAAUCAGAGCAAAACACAGUGAAGUUAACAAUGGCGGCCACUUCCGAACUAUCUCCCUCUAAAAUCUUAGAAACACCAAUCAAUGCUCACGAUUCCACCUCCGAACCUCAUCCAACGCCUCCAAAAUCCCCCCAAAUCAACGAACCAAUCAACGACGUCGUAACCACCGAGAAACGGAAGAGAGACGACGGCGACGGCAACGCCGACGAAGAUGACAAACCUUCUCUCCACCCGUUGUGGAAGACGAGUCUCUGUUCCUACUUCAGAAAACAUUCCACCUGCAGUCACGGCGAUACCUGCCGUUACGCGCAUAGCGAAGAAGAGCUCCGGCAACGUCCGGAUAAUACGUGGGACCCGACGUCGGAACGAGGUAAGAAGAUGUUGAAAUCUGUGACCGGUGAGAAAAUUGCUGUUAAAGAUGGUGUGAUGAUGACAGAGCUUGUUGAUGAAGUUGACGGUGACGGCGGCGGUGAAGAAGGUUUUGCAUCUAAUCAAGCGCUUAGUAAAUGUUUAGUGCAUUUGCCUAUGAAAUGGACUUCAGAAAAUUUGAGGACUUUUCUCAAUGAACAAGGUAUACCUUUUAAGCAUGCGAAGACAAGGAAAGGCAUGUCAAUUGGUUUUGUUACUUUUGAAGAUGAAGAACAAAUGAAGAGUUCGGCUAAGGAUUUACAAGGAAAACAAAUUGGCAACAAAACGUUAGAGGUAGCUGAUGUUAAUCCUCGAUCAUUUGAGAAGAAAAGUAACUCUAAUGUUCCUUCAAGUGGGACAUUAGGUGAUGAAACAAAUGACGAUAAUUUGGUAAUUGAUGGUUCCGAGUCAAAGAAAAAAAGCUCGCGUGAAGUCGUGACUCCUCUGGCUCAUUUGUCGUAUGCUGAUCAGCUGGAACAGAAAAAAUACUCUCUCAUGCAGAUUCUCAAAAAACUUCCUAGAAAUGCUCGUAAAGCUUGUCCAAAUGGCGUUUCAGUUCCUGAAUGGAUUCUCAAGUCUAGGGAAAUAGGUGGCCUUCCGUGCAAUCUAGAAGGUAUUAUUGAAUCACCAAUUGUAAAUGGAUAUCGUAAUAAGUGUGAAUUUUCAAUUGGAAAUUCUUUGGAAGGCAAAGUUACAGUGGGCUUCAGCCUUGGAAAUUUCAGGGAAGGUGUAACAGCAGUUGAGGAACCAGUGGACUGCCCAAAUAUUUCUACCAUCGCUUGCAAAUAUGCUGCUAUCUUUCAAGAAUUUCUACAACACACUGAAUUACCAGUUUGGAACAGAUUCAAGAACUGUGGAUUUUGGCGUCAAUUGACGGUUCGAGAAGGGAGGUCAAAUGGGAAUGUUGUUGAUGCUGAAACUUUUGAUGGUAUUGCAGAGGUCAUGCUUAUUGUGCAGGUUUCUACUGCAAGUUUUGAUAAUGCACAAGUAGAUGCUGAAUUUAAGAGGCUUGCUCAGGCAUUUGUUACAGGAGCUACCUCUCAUUGUCCAACUUUGCCCCUUACAGCUCUGAUUGUCCAGGAUCACCAAGGAAUAUCGAAUGUAGCACCAUCUGAUGCACCACUGCAUUCACUUCCCAUCACAGCCGGUGAUCCUGAGAGGGAUGUAAACAUUAGUGCUGCAGAUGUGAGAAUCCAUGAUUAUAUCAGCAAUCUACGGUUUUCCAUAUCCCCAACCUCAUUUUUUCAGGUUAACACACUUGCUGCCGAGAAGUUAUACUCCCUUGCUGGAGAUUGGGCAUGCUUAGGUCCUGAUACAUUGCUAUUCGAUAUUUGCUGUGGGACCGGAGCAAUUGGCCUGACAUUAGCACAUCGUGUUGGAAUGGUGAUAGGAAUUGAAAUGAAUGCCGCUGCUGUAUCUGAUGCUCAUAAGAAUGCUGAGAAUAAUGGCAUUAAAAACUGUAGAUUUGUCUGUUCAAAGGCAGAGCAAGUUAUAGGAUCUCUGUUAAAGGAAUACCUUGAUGUGCCCAAGGAGCAAGUUGAUGUUCCUAGUAUCUGUGGAAGUGUUAGUGACAUUCCUGAAGAUAGUGCCUGCCCAGAUCCCGGAAAUGGUGAAAAUGCGUCUCCCUGUUCUGAAAAUAACAAUUUAGAAAUUGAAAACGAGGUUCCAAAGGAGAGCACUCCUGAAAAUGGGAAUACACCCGUGCAGCAGUUUAAAAAUGUUGUUGCUAUUGUUGAUCCUCCUCGUGCUGGACUUCAUCCAACUGUGAUAAAAGCUUUAAGAACUCAUACGCGCCUGCGGAGACUCGUUUAUAUAUCAUGUAAUCCUGAAAGUUUGGUAGCAAAUGCUAUUGAGCUUUGUACACCAUCCCCCACAGAAAUGGAGAGAGGAAAUAAAGACAACAGAGGAUGGAGAAGGAUGAGUAGUGCUGGUCUAGCUCGGCAUAGGGCGAAGUCUAUGCCCAUUUCCGAGGCCUUCAAACCUGUAAAAGCCAUGGCUGUCGAUCUUUUUCCACAUACUCCACAUUGUGAAUUGGUUAUGCUCCUCGAGAGGUAGGUGGACCAGAGUUUAAGUUGAAGUCUGUUUUAUUUGGUAGGCUCUCAAAUUCAACUGUCCAACAAAAUUUUGGCUGUGUCACCAGCUGCGGCGGAUGGUAGUUAGUUCUUAUGUAUUUUGAUCUUGUGCUCUUUAUAUUAUGCUUUAGCAACCUUGAUAGUCAGCCGUGGUAUAUUCCUUCUGCUGUAUGUAUCAUGAAGCUUGAUUACUGAUUUGAAAUGCAUUUGGGGUUAUAGUAAACCACAACAUUUAAUUUCUAAUUUUAUGAUGACUGUUAGUAAAAAAUCAUUGUAUGCUCUUUGAGCAAGCCGUUAAUAUUUCAAGAUCUCUAUAGUUUUUUUA